AUGAACGGUCACGACGUUGACACUUCAGCAAACGCUGGCGCCAUUGCCGCUGGACGAAAGAAGUUGAUGGGCUACGUCGGCUUUGCCAACUUGCCCAACCAGGUUCACCGCAAGAGUGUUCGCAAAGGUUUCACCUUCACCGCCAUGGUUGUCGGAGAGUCGGGUCUCGGCAAGUCAACACUGAUCAACACGCUUUUCAACACCACCCUCUACCCUCGCAAAGAGGUCCCACCUCCUCAUCAGGAGCGACCAAAGACAGUUGCGAUCGAAUCGAUCAGCUCUGACAUCGAGGAGAACGGUGUUCGCUUGAGACUCAACGUCGUCGACACUCCAGGUUUCGGUGAUUACAUCAACAACGAUGAAAGCUGGAAGCCCAUCGUUGACAACAUCGAGUCUCGUUUCGACAACUACCUCGAACAGGAGAACCGCGUCAACCGCAACAAGCUCCAAGACAACCGUGUCCACGCCUGCAUCUACUUUGUUCAGCCUACCGGUCACAGCUUGCGACCUAUCGACAUUGAGUUCAUGCGCCGACUGCAUCAGAAGGUCAACCUCAUCCCCGUCAUUGCCAAGUCGGACACGCUCACCGACGAAGAGAUUGCAGCAUUCAAGCAGCGCAUCCUCAACGACAUUGCACACCACCAGAUCGAGAUCUUCCACGCACCCAUGUACGAGAAUGAGGACGAAGAGACGAUGCUCGAGAUUCAGGAGAUUCAGGGCAAGGUGCCUUUCGCCGUCGUCGGAUCCAACACGGAAAUCGACACACCCGAUGGUCGACGCGUUCGCGGACGAGCGUACCCAUGGGGUGUCAUCGAGGUGGACAACGAGGAGCACUGCGACUUUGUCAAGCUGCGACAAAUGCUCAUUCACACGCACAUGGAGGAGCUCAAGGAGCACACCAACAACGUCCUCUACGAAAAGUACCGAAGCGAGAAGCUGGCUGCUAUGGGCGUCACACAGGAUCAGUCGGUAUUCAAGGAGGUCAACCCAGCAGCCAAGAUGGCCGAGGAGCGUGCUAUUCACGAGGCAAGAUUGAGGAAGAUGGAGAACGAGAUGAAGGCUGUCUUCCAGCAGAAAGUUGCCGAAAAGGAGGCCAAGCUCAAGCAGAGCGAGGAGGAGUUGUAUGCCCGUCACCGCGAGAUGCGCGAUGCAUUGGAGAAGCAGAGGCUAGAGUUGGAAGACAAGCGUCGACGACUUGAAAGCGGCCGCCCACUUACGCCUGAAAAGGUCUCACAGGCAACCAAGAAGAAAGGCUUCUCUCUACGAAACUAA